CGACUAUAAUAAUAUGUGUCAAUUGACUUAAUUAAACGCCAAAUCUUUUAGUGAAGGAGAGUUGUGAGUAUGACGACCCGUAUCGCCCCGGGUGUGGGAGCAAACCUUCUCGGCCAACACUCGGCGGAGCGCAACCAAGACGCCACCGCCUAUGUCGGAAACCUCGACCCUCAGAUUACUGAAGAGUUGUUAUGGGAGUUGUUUGUUCAAGCAGGUCCAGUAGUCAAUGUCUAUGUCCCCAAGGACAGAGUUACUAAUGCUCAUCAAGGAUACGGUUUUGUGGAAUUCCGAAGUGAAGAAGAUGCUGACUAUGCAAUAAAGGUACUGAAUAUGAUUAAACUUUAUGGGAAACCAAUACGAGUGAAUAAGGCAUCACAAGAUAAAAAGAGUGUUGAUGUUGGUGCCAAUUUGUUUGUUGGGAACCUUGAUCCUGAUGUAGAAGAGAAGCUUCUAUACGACACUUUUAGUGCUUUUGGGGUUGUUGUUUCAAAUCCAAAGAUAAUGAGAGAUCCCGAGACAGGGAACUCCCGUGGUUUUGGUUUCAUUAGUUAUGAUUCAUUUGACGCCUCUGAUGCAGCAAUUGAGGCAAUGAAUGGUCAAUAUCUUUGCAACCGCCAAAUUACAGUGUCCUAUGCCUACAAGAAAGAUACUAAGGGGGAACGUCAUGGCACCCCUGCUGAGAGGGUUUUAGCUUCUAGUAAUCCAGGUACCCAGAAAAACAGGCCUCACACCAUGUUUGCAAGUGGACCCCCAACACUUCCCGGUGUUCCACAAGCCAAUGGUGCGGUUGGUGCUCCCAUUCCCCCACGGCCUUUUGCAAAUGGUCCUAUGCCUCCAGCUCCUGUUCCAACAAUCCGGCCACCACCUAUGCAGCCUAAUGUCUACCCACCAAUGCAGAUGCCUCCACCACAAGCUUGGCAGGGACAGCCUAUGCAACCAGGUCCAGCUGGCAUUCCGCAGCAGCAAAUGCAAUUCAGAGGAAUGCCACCUCCACCUCCCCCACAGAUGGCUCCACCUCUAAAUAGGCCCCCUCCACCACCAGCUGCAAUGGGUGGUAAUGUUUGGCGUCCGCCACCACCACCUCAGCACUUUAAUGGUGGUCACCAUGCUAUGCCCCAUAUGUCGAUGCAGCCACCCCCUCCACCACCUGCACCCGGUUGAGAAUUUGGAACCCCAAAUUCUGUAUUAACUUUGAUGUAUUCAUUUCUGGGAUAACAUGUUUUUAUACUAGUGCAUACGCUGUAAAAAAGUGUAACGUUGAAAUUUCAACGUUUAAGCCGAGGAUUGGUUUGAUAUGGAACUAACUUUUGCUUUUGAUCUCUAUUAUCGGAGAUGAUAUGUCCGGUAUGAUUGUUGAAUUCUGUGAAAAUGCCCAUAUACAUGUUAAAUUA